AUGGAGCCAGGAGCCUCAUCUCAACCAGCUGAACCGAUGGUGGAGAGAAAAUUCCAUGUUCUUGUGGGGGUCACCGGGAGUGUUGCGGCCCUGAAGUUGCCCCUUUUGGUGUCUGGCCUUUUGGACAUUCCAGGGCUGGAAGUAGCAGUGGUCACAACUGAGAAAGCCAAACAUUUCUACAGCCCCCAAGAUGUCCCUGCCACUCUCUACAGUGAUGCUGAUGAAUGGGAGAGGUGGAAAUGCCGUUCGGAUCCAGUUCUCCACAUUGACCUGCGGAGGUGGGCGGACCUCAUGCUAGUGGCGCCUCUGGAUGCUAACACUCUGGGAAAGGUGGCCAGUGGCAUCUGCGACAACUUGCUUACCUGUGUCAUCCGGGCCUGGGACUGCAGCAAGCCCCUGCUCUUCUGUCCUGCCAUGAACACCACCAUGUGGGAGCACCCCAUCACUGCGCUGCAGGUCAGCCAGCUGAAAGCUUACGGCUACGUGGAGAUCCCCUGUGUGGCCAAAAAGCUGGUGUGUGGAGACCAAGGUCUGGGUGCCAUGGCUGAGGUCAGAACCAUUGUGGACAAAGUGAAAGAAAUCCUCUCUCAGCACGACAGCUUCCAGAAGAGUUGA